AUGCUACGAAACGGCGGACACAGCAUGCACCAGGGAGAGGACACGAGGCUGCGCAGUGGGAACCCGGCGGCUUCCCGCGAAAGAAAGCACCUUGCCUUGUGCAUUAACAGCCAGGAGGAAGUGAGGAGAUAUCACCGCUUCUGUAACCACAGUGGAGGACAGGCUGUGAAGCAGGAGAGGAGUAGUUCUCGCCGCAGAGAGGAAGAUUUUGACAAUAAAAUUCAGCGCUCCGAGCAGCAGCACUUGGAAGUCAAGGCCACAGUGAUUCAGCGAGCCUGGCGUGCUAAACAGGGCCAAAAGAAGAACGUCCAGAGUUUGACAGUACCAUCCAGCCUCCGGAUGACUACUACAAUUUCAGCGCCCUGCACUGCCUUAGAGUAUGUGGUGGAUCUCCAGGAUGAUUCACAGUUGAGUGUGGUUCUCUGGGAGCUAGAGCGACGUAUACAGAUCUGCUAUGGCCAGUAUAAUGAGCUCCCUGGAGGAGAGCAGAGUGGCGUAGAAGCAGUGUAUAGGACAGCCUCAUGGAGGGAGGAGGAGAUGUCAUCUCUUCACCAGAUCUCCAACAUCUCUUAUGUUUUGUUAGCCCCACACCAUUACAGGCCGUUAAGCAGAUCAGAGGCCCUGUAA